GGGAAGUGUUUCAAGGUACCAAAUGGCUUUUAAGUGGAUGUUGGGCGUGUAACGUCAGCUGUCAUGCGUUCCCCAUCCACUGGAUGUCAGGAUUUCCUAACAAAAACCUCCAAAACAAAGCCACGCUCCUUUCUACCCCCUAAAAAAAGACCAUCAACUGGAGAAAAUGUGGUUUAUCUGCUGGUAUGAUUGGUACAAGCUGAAGCGGGUGUCAGAAUUGUAGGCGAGAGAAUUGUAGAACGGAAGAGUUGGAAGGGACCCCAUGGGUCAUCUAGUCCAACCCCCAGGAAUGAGGGAACCAAGAAGGGUCAGAAGUGAGAGAAUGGACCCAAUAUUUGUCAGAAUGGACCCAAUAAUAAUAGGAAAUAUGCUUUUUUAAAGAAUAGAUUUGAAUGCCAGCUUAUUCAUUCCAUGCACAUUUUUGAAAGGGGGGUGGGUGGGUGGAAAGAGUGAAUUCAUCACCAGGGGGCUUCCAAGUCCUGGCAAUUCACUCCUUGCAUUUAUUUAAUAUUUGAAGAUCCCUUCUUGCUUCAACUUUGGUUUUGGGGACUUUUAUUUUUUAUACAAGAUAAAAACACAAAUAAAUAAGACAACCAUAAUGAUUUAGUUAGACCCUGCCCAUCCGGCUGGGUUUCCCCCUCUUUUAAUUCUAAUAGAGCAUUAGAGUUCUGGUAUAAAAGAGGGAAGAUAAGUUGCAGCUAAGGGUGGAAAAGAAAAAAAAAACAUUCUAGGAAAUGGGAUGGGAAGCAGAUAAUAGAAAAGGGGGGGGGGACUUACUAUGUAACGAAUCCUGAUGUGCAAUUUGUGGAAUUUCAACAACAACAACACAACAAAAUACUUAAUAAAAACAAGAACAGAAAGAAAGUAAACCAAUCCCUAUCCCUAAUUAGGUAUUAUCUAGAUAAAAAGCAAGAACUAAAGGACACAACUAAUUCAAACCCAUUCAUUCCAAUAGGCUUACUCUGAGUAGAAUCUCACUGCAUUGUCACUACAACUCCUUGCAUUACAGUGUUUGGGUAAUUUUAAAAAAGAGAGACACAUUUGUUCUGAAAUCCACUGAGGAGGCAUGUGUUGUUGUUAUUUUAAGAACCCAACUCAUAAUCUUUGUUUCUUUUAAUUUUUGCCAUCCCAUAUAUUCUUGCCUUGCGCAAUUAACUUAUCCUCCCAUCUAUUUUCAUUAUAUAAAAAUAAAUUAUCUCCUUAAUCUCAUAAAUUCCAAUUAUGGUUGGUUGGUUAGUUAGUUAGUUAGUUCUUCAUGGAAAUCUUGAAGCUGUGUGCAGGAGGAAGUUGGGUGGGAAAAGGAAUGAGGCUCCUUUAAAUGGAGAGAGAGAGAGAGAGAGAGAGAGAGAGAGAGAAGGAGAACUGUCUCCAAAGAACCAAAAAUGUCACUUUUGUCAUGGGCAUUUUUCUUUUUGCACAACAAGGGAGAGAAAGGGAACAAUUACAAUCUCAGAGCCUGAGAAUAUGGGGCAUCUGUGUCCCUCCAGGCUGUUAUAGACUGCAAUGGGGGGGAAGUGUGGUUUAGUGGUUAGAGCAGUGGACUGGGACUGGAGGUUUCGGAUCAUGCCCCACAGCCAGGCCAUGUUCCUCUGGCCUCAUGAGGAGCCUCUUUUGUGGGGCUAGCGAGUCGGGGCCUAGGUCACGUGGAAAGGGUCUUGCAGGGUGCGGCCUUCAUACCCCACAGCCAGGCAAAUUUAUUUCAUACCACACCAUAUGGCAGCCAUUUUGUCUUUUGCUAUGUUCUCAUUGGUAGCCAAUUGGUGGACUGGCCCAUGUAGCACUUUCCCAAAAUUGGUCUGGCUCCGUAUAAGGCAGCUUCCUCUGUUCUUAUCAUAUGAAAUAACCCACUUUGUAUAUUAAUAGGAGCACAGGAUGUUCUGCAUUUAUAUCCUAAGGGGUGGGGCGAAUCUCAUGAGCGAUAUGUCCAAAUGUGUUUUUAUGCUUGGGGGGCUGCUGUGUCGCUUGUUCCUGAACCUUUUCUUCCUUCCAAAUGCCCAGAAGAUCCAUUGCACACCUUGACUUGCAUGGAACCUCCUCUCUCUUAUUUUCUCAGGGAACCAGAGUGGGAGAAGGAGGAAUGAAGGAAAACAGAAAUCCGGCCUGAGAACGGAGGUCCCUGUCAAGAGAAUGGCCAAGAUCUCCUCAGGUGAGGAUGAAAGGGGAGGCAGGGAAAAGCAAAGAGCCCCUGAAAACAUCCCCCCACUCGGGAAGAACUUGUCAGCCAAACCCCUGCACGGAAGUGUAUCUGCAUGAAGACGGAUGUCUGCCAAGGUCUCCCCUGCUCCCCUCCUCUCCAAACCCCCCAUGCGGGUGAAAGAAGGCUCCCUGGUGGUCAAGUGGCUGAGAUUAGUGUCCGGUCUCCAGUUGUGUGCAUUCCUGAUAGAUAUUGUGGCCUGGAUUAUGUGCAUUGCCUCAACAGCCGUUGUCAACUGGCGAGUGUGGCGUGUAGAAAACAUCAAGGGGAUUGGCUCUGGAAACAUCUGGGUUGGAAUCUGGCAGGUCUGCUUUUGGAAAGACCCUUCUAACGACGGCAACUCUUUUUGGCAUUGCGAAGAUCUCAAUGAGCAACAUCCAACCCUCCCGAGGGAAAUUUUUAUUGCACAGGACUUAAUGGCAUUAGCUGCCAUUAUGAAUUCAGCGGCCCUAGGAUUAAUUUCAUUUGCCUUGUAUAAUGUGUUCGAGCCCAGAAAACAUAAGAAUUUUGUGUUAACCUUUUUCAGGCUUUCAGCUUUUCUGAACUUAGUUGCAGGGAUACUCGUCCUGAUUUCCGUGAUAUGGAACAUGUCUGCCGUCUUACAUAAUGGAAAAAUUGUCUUCCCAGAAGCUUUUGAAUUGCCUCAAAUUCCCAGCGAGCAGCAUAUUGGACCUUCUAUUUAUCUAGGCUAUAUCGCUGCAGGUUUCCAGCUGCUGAGUGCAGCAUUGGUUGGGAUGGAGAGAUGUUGCGUCAAGACCACCGCAACAGAUAAAUGUCAAAUAGCAACUGUAAGGCUGAUCACCCCAAGAAGCGCGGCAAAAAGCGAGAGUCUAACUACUUGUUCAAAGUGUGGUUCUCUGCUGGAUCUCGUAAUUGAAGAGAAAUCCACAGAUGAGAUGGAGGAAAGCCAUGCGGAAGAUUUUGUCAUUCCAGAGGAAUCCUGCGAAGAGGAGAUGGAGGAAAGCCAUACACCCCAAAGCUCACCUGAAGGACAUCAAAGCCCACCUGAUGUCCCCAAACAUACAAUUAUAUAUGUGAUUCCCUACAACAGGGAGUGGUAAACUAUCAGAUCCAGAUCCACACAGAUCGCUCCAUACACGGAUGGAUCUGCGUGGAUCAGGAUCUAAUAGUUUUGUUUUGGGACUUCAGGUGGGCUUUGAUGUCCUUCAGGUGAGGAGGCCCUUUUUUAUGACUAGCAGUUAUUUAUUUAUUUAUUAAAGAUUUUGUUGAUUUACAAAAGUGUGCAAUGUCUCUCUCUCUCAUUUAUUUUCCCCCAUGUAACAUUUUUACAAAUCAUUUUCAUUUGUUGAGACAUUAGGAAGAAAAGGGGAA